UGUUAUGUUUUCUGUAAAAUAUUAACGGCAGGAAGAGGAGGAAGAUUAAUUUUUCUUUAUCGAAAACAAUAUUUUAAUUGUUUUUUUCAAAAAAUAUUAAAUAAACAUGGUGCAAACUUAACCAUAAAGUUCCGAAAAGUCUUAGAUAAGAGUCAAGAAUUUAUGAAAUUUGAAACUCCGUUUUGCUAUACGCGGAAUAACAAGAAAUUCUUAAUAAAAAGUUCUUGUUAACUGGUAAACUGGUUGUAGACAACGGUGCGUGCCAACAUUUGUGAUAACACGUAGGCAAACGUGUAUUCGUGUAUGGUGUUUAUUCAUGUAUCAAGAAUAAUUAGGAAAGAUGUUGCCUUUAACACAUAUGCAACGCACUAAUUGCGUUUAUCGAAUUAAAGAGAAAGUAAACAGUUGGAUACGUCUAAUAUUUUCAGAUAGAAAUUCAAGAAAUCUAUUUUUAUUUCUUUUACUAAACUUAAGUUUCGCUGUCGUUGAACUGGUCUAUGGCAUAUGGACAAACAGUUUAGGUCUGAUAUCAGAUUCAUUUCAUAUGUUUUUCGAUUGUGUGGGUCUUUUAGUUGGUCUAGCCGCAUCAGUAAUAACAAAAUGGAAACCUAACGAGCGUUUUUCUUAUGGCUUUAAAAGAGCUGGAGUGUUAGCUGGUUUUGUUAACAGUCUAUUCCUAAUAUUUUUGGCAUUUUUCAUAUUAUCGGAGGGCGUAGAGCGACUGAUUGAACCGCCCGAAGUCAAGCAUGAGAGGCUCUUUGUGGUCUCAGUGCUAGGUUUACUGGUAAACCUAGUAGGUAUUUAUGCUUUUAAUCACGGAGGUCACGGGCACUCUCAUGGAUCCGGCCACGGCCAUUCGCAUGAUGUUGGCAGCGGUAGUCACGUACAUUCUCAUUCGCAUUCCAAUGUACAUAUUGACAUGAAUAAUCAUCAAGCGAUUAAUAUAGAUAGCGGUAAUGAAAUAGUCAAAUUUUCUCAUAAAAAGCCUAAAAACAAAUAUUUUAACCGUUUUUUAGAUCAUAAACAUCAUCAUGGCCAUUCUCAUGGCGAUGAAAUUACUGGUACAAAUUCACAAAUGAUGCGCGGUGUUUUUUUGCAUAUCUUAGCCGACACUUUAGGAUCUGUUGGCGUUAUAGUAUCAGCGGUCUUUAUGCAUUUGUUUGGUUGGAUGAUAGCUGAUCCAAUUUGCUCGAUAUUUAUAGCCCUGCUAAUUGUCAUGAGCGUUUUAUCUCUCAUAAAAGAAUCCAUUUAUAUACUUAUGCAACGGCAACCUGUAACUUUAGACCGUUUACUGCCACAGUGUUAUCAAAAAGUCACCGGUCUGGCUGGAGUUUAUGCUGUGCAAGAACCACAUUUUUGGACUUUAUGCUCCGAGGAGUAUGUGGGAGCAAUUAAACUGGAAGUUUCGCGAAAUAUUGAUGCUAAAUACGUCGUAUCACAUGCGCGCAUGAUAUUCGAAUCAAUAGGCAUUAAACAAAUUUACAUACAACUAGAUUUCGUAUGAUAGUUAUAAAAUUCCACCUCAAACUUUAAUAUUAUUUAGUUUCGUAAUAAAAACCAAAAGUUAAUUUAAUUCUAAUUUAUCCAAACACCGCGGUAAGACAUAUUCUUUUUUUAUUAACGGGAUUUUUUAAAAUAUAUUUUAAAGAUUAAUCAUUCCGAUAUUUAAUACCACUUUAUUUAUACCAAGACUAUUGUUUGUUUCACGAGCCACAUU